CUCUCUCUCUCUCUCUCUCCCUCUCCUUGUCCUUCUUCUUCUUCUUCUUCCCACAAAAAAAUGGUGAUGCUGGAGAAGGGCCUCUCGACGCCCCUGAACGCGAAGCUCGCCGGCUCAGGCACUGAGACGGUGGUCCUCGCUCACGGUUUCGGAGUAGACCAGACCGUGUGGAACAAGAUCCUCCCUCUCUUGUCCCAGCACUUCAGGGUCCUCGUCUUCGACUGGUGCUUCUCGGGAGCUGUCAAGGAGCAGGAAGGUCUGUUCGACCCGGUGAGGCACUCGUCCUACGAAGGUUUCGCCUGCGAUCUGAUCACUCUCCUCGACGAGCUCGAUCUCGAGUCCACGGUCUUUGUCGGCCACUCCAUGUCCGGCAUGAUCGGUUGCAUUGCCUCUGUGAAGAGGCCUGACCUCUUCAAGCGCCUCAUACUCCUUGGUGCCUCUCCCAGGUGCUUAAACACAGACGGCUACGAGGGCGGGUUUGAGACCGCGCAGAUCGAUCAUAUCAUAUCGAGCAUAGAGUCCGACUACCACGGAUGGGUGACCAACUUCCCUCCCCUGGUGGUGGGCUCGUGCGACGCCUCGGUCGAGAUGUUCACGAAGUGCUUGAGAAGGAUGAGGCCCGAAGUUGCGCUUCCCUUAGCUAGGACGGUUUUCCUGUGCGAUCAUAGAGAGCUACUCGAGAAAGUGAUGACCCCGUGCACCAUAAUCCAGACCACGAACGACAUCGUCGUGCCGAACUCGGUCGCCCAUUACAUGCACGACAAAAUCCAGGGGAAAUCGACGGUCGAGAUGAUCGAAGCCGAUGGCCAUUUCCCUCAGCUCACCGCACAUCUCCAGCUUCUUGAUGUGUUGGGUGGAAUAUUGGGGUUUGAGUGUGAUUAGCAGGUGAUUAAGCACUUAGAUGUUUAGUCAUAUGAUUAUACCCUAGACUGUGACUAGAAUAACCAUCUUAUUUUUAGACUUUUUUCUUGGUAUGUAGUGAUGAUGUGGUAGUAGUGAGUGUGUGAAUGUGUGAGAUGAGUACUGCGGGUCGUGGAUUGCAUGUGGUUUGUCUCUUUAGGUUAGGUAUUAUGGUUGGACUGAGUAGUUCGCAUUUAAAUCUUUUGGGCUUGAGAUGUUUGACUGGAUUUUAUUUGAUUCGUGGA